AUGAUUCCAUUAAUCUUAAUUCUUAUAAUGGCAGUACUUCUUCUCUCAUUAGUGGUCAUUUAUGCUUUAAUCUAUUUUCGAGAAAAUAAAAAAUUAUCAUCAAUUUAUGAAAAUCAAAGAUUAGUAUAUUCAACUCAACCAUGUAUCAAUAUGGCAACAGAAAAGUUAAAAUAUCCAUCGAACAGUUCAAAUGGUCAUCAUUCAUCAAAUGUAGAUUUAAAAAAGGCAAAAUUCGAUGAAUCACGUUCACAUAGUGUUGCAAGUAAUUUAUUUAUAACAAAAUGUUCAAAUAGAAGACGAAGUUCAAUUAUUGAUUCAAAACAAAUAGCACAAAUUCAAUUUUCACUGCCACCAACGGCUGAAAAAAUUCGUCGUCGAUCUGUUGCUAUUUAUCAAUUUUUACCAUGUCUUGUAUCAUUUUCAAUGGUUUAUGAUCAUGAAUCUUCACAAAUAAAAAUUAAUUUUCAUUCUUUGAGAUCAUUACCAUCAAUGGUUGAACUGCAACAAUUAACUGUUCAAGCUAAAUUAAUUCCUGAUGGAAAAACUGAACGUUUUUCAAUAAAAAACAUAAUUCAUAAUGAAAAUAUUUUUUCGCAAGAUAAUGAUGAAUAUGUUAUUGUGUUUUCAAAUAUUUCACUCACAAAAAUUCAUGCAAAAGCAAUUAUAAUGAAAUUUUAUGGAAAAGAUACAAACAAGAAAACGAUUCAACUUGGGCAAAUCGGAAAAAUUCAUUGCAAUCAAAUACAUAAUCUUGAACAUGGAAGUUCAAUUAAUUUUAUACAUGAACUUGAAAUAAUCAAAAUAUUGCCAAUCGAAAUACUUGUUUUACUUGAACAAAACAUAGAUCAUUAUCUAACGGUUGAGAUACAAUGGAUGCGAGGAUUAAAAAUUGAUCAAAAAAAUGCUGCGACUACUUGUUUUUUUCGAGUAAUUCUGCUCGAUCGUCAUCGGUCAUUAUCAACUCAUCAAACGAAAUCUUAUCGAUUAAAUUCUUCGACAGUUUUGCUUAAUGAAUCAUUUGCUUUGAAUAUUUUAGCUUUUAAUUCAAAUAAUCUUGAUCGUAUAAUGAUUAUGAUUAAUUUAUAUUCUAAUGCAAAUAAUGCGACUGAGCAUCGAUGUAUAGCUCGAGUUAAACUGGCUUCACCGUAUUUUUGUUCCGGUACUGGUACACUUCAUUGGCAACAAUUUAAACAACAUCACUCACUUUCGAUGUGGCAUAAAUUGGUCAAAAAAUAA